AAGACGCCAUUGGCCGCUGUCCUCAGACAGAACACGCGCUGGUCGUCGACCUUUUCACUGCUCAAGCGCUAUUUUCGUCUCCGUCCGUUUAUUUUGGCAGACGACGAGGAGCUCUCGGACUUCCUUCCGUCACGCUCAGCCCACCGCAAGCUGGAGACUUUGCUGGCAAGCCUCCGGGACGUCGAGUCUGUGUCCAAGCACCUACAGGAUGGCCUUACGCUGCUGGACGCUCGUGUCCUAUUCGACGAGCUCCUCGAAAGCCACCCCUCGUUCGCGAAGUAUCUCGUGCGUACGCGCAAGCGACGCAAGGUAGCUGCCGCGCCGGCCACGUACGAGCUGCUUAAUGCGAUUCCUCCUACCUCAAACGUGGUGGAGAGGCUCUUCAGCAUUGCACGCGCUGUGCUGCGCCAUGAGCGCCACCGCCUCUCUCCCAUGAUGCUAGAGAUGAUCUUGUUCCUCAAGAUCAACAGCUUGUACUGGGAUGUUGCGAUCGUGGAGCAGUGCCUGUAA